UUGCAGCAAGUAAAAGUAGUAGCCGGCCAGAAUCCAGCCGAAACGGCUGGUCGGCUUUGCUUAUGGUCACAUGAUGGUGCCGAUGACGAUAAUCCUGAGGCAUUCAAUAGUUUCAUAGAAUACCGCCGAUCGCUAAAGCUGAAAUGUAUUGAAACUUCAAAAGCAGCAACCUUCCAAUUUACGCCAACUACAGGAACUCCGGAUACACUUUUCUAUCAGGCAUGUGCAGAUCUCUUUAUUCAUUACUCCACUUAUAAUAUGGGAUGGAAAAUUCACGUAGUGGAUGAGUUGCCGAAGGAUAUUGCUGACUUUGCGGAAGAACCUUAUCAGUACGACAUUUGGCUGCAGCAGCAGAAUUUGUUGAAUGUUCCGGAAGGAUCACUGUCAGCAGCAGCAGCUUCAUCUUUCAGUGCGACAGCUUAUGUCCAACUAACUGCUUUGACAUCACUGUUUUAUCAUACGAUUGUUGUCAUAUUCAAGUGA